GCGCCACGUCUCUUUGGUGGAGCUAAACGGGGCGAAGGGGAAGAGACUGAGGCGGCGUGUCUUGUGGCCAUGGCCUUCACCCUGUACUCGCUGCUGCAGGCGGCUUUGCUUUGCGUCAAUGCUAUCGCUGUGCUGCACGAGGAGCGUUUCCUCAAGAACAUUGGCUGGGGAACAGACCAGGGAAUUGGAGGAUUUGGAGAGGAGCCAGGAAUUAAAUCACAACUAAUGAACCUUAUUCGAUCUGUACGAACAGUUAUGAGAGUGCCAUUGAUAAUAGUAAACUCAAUUGCAAUUGUGUUACUUUUACUAUUUGGGUGAACUUCAGUGAUAAAAAGAAAUUGGAGGAUCAGAAGUGGAAAACCCAGGAGAAGCCAUCACUUCAGUCGCUAUUGGGACGCAUAGCAUAGCUGACGAAGCUUGCACUUAAAGUAAACUACAAAGCUGACAAUAAAACAACAGUUCCUAUUUAUCUG